AUGUCCCAGCCCACCACAAGGACAACAAGCACCAAGCUGCCCGGACUCACGCCCCGCGAAGCCGUCGCGGACGCGCUCCACCGAUGCAUCCUGGGGAUCGACACGAACGACCUGACACUAUUGGAAUCAGCCAUCGUCACCGACGCCAGCACAAGCCUGACGAUCGACAACACCACCACAAUCGAGGGGUGGGAGUCCGUCCAGCCACUGCUGGCGCGAACCUUUGCGCUGGUGACGACGCACGUCGUGACGAACGUGCGGGUAGAGUUGAAGGACGAUGACGCCGAUACCGCGUCGCUGUCGGCCCAUGCGGUCGCCUAUCAUAUGAAGCCUGAGGAUGCGUUUGUCGAGCGCGAUGCGUCGUACACGGCCGGCACGCUGUAUUUUAUGGAUUUGGUGAGUGAUGCUGGGCAGGGCGGCCUGUGGAAGAUCAAGCGCUGGGAGAUUAGGAGGUUGUGGACUUCGGGGGAUCGCACCGUUGUGCAUCCCGAGUGA